AUGGCAAAGAAGAGUUCCAAGCAGCGUCGAACCCAAGAGGAACACGCGAGUCCGAUGUCUGUCCAGGUAUCUCCAAAGAUCGAUUAUGUCCAGCCAUUGUCAUCACCGUACGAAGCCCCAGUCGUGACCGCCACGAUCGGGAGUAAGGAAUAUUGCAUUCCGGGAUAUUGUCUUCGGAAAUGCCCACAAUUUGAGCAGCAGUCGUUUUUGUAUUCAUACAUUACCCUGCCUGGUGUUCACGAGGAUGUCGGCCAUACCUUUGUGCAUUUCCUAUAUUCAGGAUGCUACGAGACGAUCAACUCGUCAGUUGAGGACGGCACAUCUAGUGUGGUAAGAGAGUAUAAGAGAAGUGUCCUGGUUUACCAAGCAUCCAGGACAUACCAGCUUCCUGCUCUUGAAGCCCUUGCCAGAGAUUACAUAGAACGGUUCGGCGAAGAAAUUUCUAUGACUGAUAUACUGCGGAUUACGAAGGAGGUUUUUUCAAAACUUCCCAACGACGAAACCUGGCUUCCGAAGUAUAUCGAAAGAAACCUCCGGCAGUCGUUGAGGUCCAGCAAGUCAGAAUUCGAUCUGGAUGAACUUUACAAUGCCCUUGGCCAGGAUCAUUAUUUCGAUAAUACUGUGACGAAAAUGAUGCUCGAUAUACUCCUUCAUUCCCAGGAAAUCACCUCGCAGGACGGGAAGAGCCCCUGCGAACAGAUGCACAGCCAUGGGAACGGAGAGGGAAACGCAGCAAUAGACGAAUCAGUGGACAAGAUAACUAAUGGGCGACACACAGAAGAGUCGACUAAUGGAAAUCCCGCUUCUGUGAAGGCUGAUGCUGCCCAUGAGCCUGAUGCUGCCGAUGAGCCUGAUGCUGCCGAUGAGCCUGUUGCCGCCUAUGAGCCUGAUGCUGCUCAUGAGCCUGAUGUUGCCGAUGAGCCUGAUGUUGCCGAUGAGCCUGUUGCCGCCUAUGAGCCUGAUGCUGCUCAUGAGACUGAUGCUGCUCAUGAGCCUGAUGCUGCUCAUGAGCCUGAUGCUGCUCAUGAGCCUGAUGCUGCUCAUGAGCCUGAUGCUGCUCAUGAGCCUGAUGCUGCUCAUGAGCCUGAUGCUGCUCAUGAGCCUGAUGCUGCUCAUGAGCCUGAUGCUGCUCAUGAGCCUGAUGUUUCCGAUGAGCCUGAUGUUGCUGAGGAUUCCCCGGAUAAAUUCCGUCCGCCGAAAGUUUCGCUUGAGGAUGUAGCUUUAUAUCAGAACUGGAAGAGCAUGUCUUCGAGGAAGAGGGCUAAACGAACACGAACUCUUGUAGCAAGGGGUCUUCCGAUCCCAGGAGAAGAUGGCACAGUUUCCAUCUUCGUGGUGUGA